AGUCUACUCCCUUGGAGUAUCUGACAAAUUUUACAAUCCUCGAUAAGAUACUACAAAGCAAACUCUCUGUAUAUACACAUAAAACCACUAAACCCCAACUCAUACGCAUUUUCUUUCUUUCUUUCUUCUUACCCCUUAGCUUCCAAAAAAACGCCUCAUUUCAUGCCUUAAUUUCUUCCCGCUCUCUUUUUUCCUCCGUUUCUCUUUCAUUUCUAAAUCUUCUCAAUUCACUUUCCUUCUCAUUAUCAAUGGCUUCUUCUUCUACCACUAAUCCUAACGGGUCCGACUCAAAUUCAUUAACACCCAAUACAACUUUCGUUCAAGCUGACCCGUCAAAUUUCCGAGCCGUUGUUCAAAGACUCACUGGCGCAACCCAAGACUCGUCUUCUGUUAAGCUCCCUGUUACCGGGUCCGGACCAGCUGGACCACCUCGGCGGCCGGCUUUUAAGCUACACGAACGGAGGCAAAUGAGUGCAAGAAAGCUCGAGAUCAUGCUUAACAAUGGGGGUUGUAGUGGGCCGCCUGCGGGCUUCGGCACCGGCCCACUUUUGUCACCUUCUUCUUCUUCAGCUAGGAAGAGAAGCUUUUUGGCUUCGCCGGUUUCACCACUAGAAAUGCUGACACGUGGCAGUCCAAGAACUCCGAGAUCACCAAUGGAGGAAGAAGAAAAAGCCAUUGCUGAAAAAGGAUUUUAUUUGCAUCCAAAUCCACUUAGUACUCCUAGAGGCUCUGAACCUCCUGAACUCUUGCCUUUAUUUCCACUUCAGUCCCCAACUGCUAGAAAUGAUUCAUCAUCUUCUUCUUGAUUAAUUAAUGAUGUCUUCUUGUGUCAUUUAUAAAUAUUUACUAUAUAAAAGAAAUUAAUUAUGAAGAGAUUGUCUUGUUC